AGAUGGCGGCGGCUGCGGUUUGAAUUCCAGCGGCGCCGCCAGAGUCCCAACAAGAGCUGGGUUAGAGGGGGCGGGGACCUGGGGAGCCAGGCGGAUCGCGACAAGCCAGCGGAACCAGUGGCGCCUUCGCCACAGAUACCAAUGCUUCUGUGUCCAUGAUGGACUCCGUGUUGGAAGAGGACGUCACCCUCCCCGGGACGCUCAGCGGCUGCAGUGACGUUGCUCCUGCUUGCCCAGAUGACCUGGAUGGCAUCAAUACCUGUGUUGGAUUGGAAAAUGGAGAGCUCCCACAAGUGUCAGAAGAAAAGGUGUCUCCCACCAGAGUACGGAACAUGAAGGACUUUGAGAAUCAAAUCACUGAGUUGAAGAAAGAAAACUUUAACCUGAAGCUCCGCAUCUAUUUCCUCGAGGAGAGGCUGCAACAGGAACUUGAUGGCCCCACUGAACACGUCUACAAAACUAACAUCGAGCUCAAGGUGGAAGUAGAAAGUCUGAAGAGGGAGCUGCAGGAGAGAGAGCAGCUGCUCAUCAAAGCCUCCAAAGCAGUUGAGAGCUUAGCUGAAGGUGGUGGCUCUGAAAUUCAGCGGGUGAAAGAAGAUGCUCAGAAGAAGGUGCAGCAGGUGGAAGAUCUCCUAACCAAGAGGAUACUCCUUCUGGAAGGGGAUGUGAAAGCCGCCCAAGCAGAACUGGAAAAGGCCUUUGCAGGAACAGAAACGGAGAAGGCUCUUCGGCUGAGUUUGGAAAGCAAGCUUUCAGAGAUGAAGAAGAUGCACAAGGGGGACUUGGAGAUGGUCCUGGUUCUGGAAGAGAAGGACAGACUGAUUGAGGAGUUGAAGCUGUCUUUGAAGAGCAGAGAAGCUUUAAUUCAGUGCCUUGAAGAGGAGAAAUCUCAGACGGCAUGUCUUGAUGAGAAUGUGUCAUCUGGAGAGCUCCGAAGACACUCUGCUGCUCUGAGGGAGGAAAAGGAGAGAGAUGCUGAGGCUGCACAAAUGGAGCAUCAGAAGGAGAGAAGUCAUUUUGAAGAAAGGAUCCAGGCACUUCAGAAGGACCUGAGAGAAAAGGAAAGAGAAAUUGCUACAGAGAAGAAAAAUAGUUUAAAGAGGGAUAAAGCCAUUCAGGGCCUAACCAUGGCAUUAAAAUCAAAGGAAAAAGAGAUUGAAGAACUUAACUCUGAAAUCAAAGAGCUCAGUGCUACCUUUGCUGAGGCCAAAGAGGCGCUGCAGAAAACACAGGAAGCACAGAUCCUGAAAUGCCAGGGCUCUGAAGGCUCCCAGGCUGCUCUGACAGAAAAGGAAGCCCUCUUGGCGGAGCUGCGCUCAGAAAACCUUACUAAGAGUUCGGAGAACCACAGACUGCGGAGGAGCAUUAAGAAGGUCACUCAGGAGCUCAGUGACCUGCAGCAGGAGAAGGCGAGACUGGAGAGGGACCUGGAGGAAGCCCGCUGCGAGGGGAGCAGGGGAGCCCGCACCAUCCAGGACCUGAGAAAUGAAGUUGAAAAAUUAUGCAAUGAAGUCAAUGAAAGAGAGAAAGCAGUGGAGAAUUGCUACAAGAGUCUUUUAAGUGAAAGCAAUAACAAAUUGCGUGGUCAAGAGCAAGUAAUCAGACAUCUGAUAGAAAGUGCCAGUCAAAAGGACCCGCUGCUUCAGAAAUUCAAUGAAAAAGAUUUGGAAGCAGUACAGCAGAACCGGUAUUUAAUGACUGCCGAGGAUCUUGAGUUCAGGAGCGAAGGCUUAAUAACAGAAAAGUGCUCUUCUCAACAGUCACCAGGCAGCAAGCUCAUCUUCUCUCAGGAAAAGGAACAGUCAGACUAUGAAAAGCUGAUACAGGUCUUACAGCAGGAGCAGGACAUCUAUGCCCAGCUGGUGAGGUCUCUGCAGGACCCAGACAGUAUGGACACCGUGCAGGCAGAGUUGAACAACAUUUUUGCCCUGCGGAAGCAACUGGAACGGGAUGUGCUUACGUAUCGGAAUUUGCAAAGGAGCCUGGCGGAGCAGAUCAGCGAAAUUCGGAGGCGGGAAGAAGAACCAUUUUCAUUUUAUAGUGAUCAAACGUCUUAUCUAAGUAUUUGCCUUGAAGAAAACAGUCAGUUUCAAGUGGAGCAUUUUUCUCAAGAAGAACUUAAGAAAAAGGUCAGCGAACUUAUACAGCUGGUGAAGGAACUCUACACAGACAACCAGCGUCUGAAGAAAACCUUUUUUGAUCUCUCCUGUGAGGGUUUCCAGGGAAAUGGCAGACCUGAGUCAACAGAACAAAGAGAGAUCACUGAGGACUACGCCAAAUUAGGCAACAAAAAUGGAUAUUUAAGACACACGGAUUCCAAUAUUUUAGACUAUGAAGGAGCCUACAAGCCUGGCUGCCCCGGAGACCAGAGCCAGGAAGCAGGGGAGCUCUUGGGUCUGCUUGCCCCUUUCUUGCACGAGAAGGCUGCAUUGUCACUGGAAUCCAGAAACAGGCCAGACCUUCUGAAAAUGCUAGGUGACUUGCUUUUGGAACGAAUAUGCUUGGCAGAGCAGGAAGUUUCUGGAAAACACCUUGAUGGUAAAACUGAGAAGACACUUCAGCAAAUGGCCAUUCAGCAAAGAGGUGAACUUGAACCUUUCAUCCAAGCCAGCUCAUUCUCCAAGCCACAUGAUGAACAGAAAUUGACUUGGGAUCAGCUGGCAAAGACAGGCGAAGUGGCCAAGGUGGAGCUCAAGGAUGCCUCAGUGCAGACUGUGGCCAAGGAGGGUGACCUGCUUGGAUUCCGACAAGGAGGAGAGAAGCCAUCUGGCACCAUAUUGAAUGCUGAGCCCCAGCCAGAGACCUGGUGCCAGCUUCCAGGGCAGCAGGCCACUCCCCUCUCCGGCCCCUGUGCUAGCCACAAAGAUACUAAGAAGUCCCGCUUGCCCAUCCUCAUAAAACCAUCCCGGUCAUUAGGAAAUAUGUAUCAUCUCCCUGCCACCCAGGGGGUGAUAGCUCGGCUACAGGGCCAGAUCCUAGAGCUGCAGGGGGAGCUGAAGGAGUUUAAAACUCGCAAUAAGCAACUGCACCAGAAGUUGAUUCUGGCUGAGGCAAUGAUGGAGGGGAGGCCAAUGCCUGACCCUAUGCUGCUGAAUGUGCCGGCAGCUCAGCCCCUUGUGGGACCAGCCUACCAGCAGAGCCCAGGAGAACAGAUGGGAACCACAGCCAUGCCCUCUGCUCACAAAGACAGGGAGGUGGAUGACAACCAGCAGACAAGCCUCAGGACGGAUCUGUCUGAUGAUGUUCCCAUAUUACCAGCAUGCAAGGAGAAUUCUGAAGAUUUUCUGGGCCCAAUGUCAGUAGCUACUCACUUGAGUUCUAAGAGUCAGCUUUCUGUUAAAGUCAACGUGACUGAGACUGACCAGUCUGAGAACAUCAGUACCUCAAAUGAUGUGGAAAACUUAAAACAGAAAAUCUGUGACUUGGAAGCUGAGCUGGCGGGCUACCGGGAUUUCAUAUUUCAGCUUCAAAAACACUCCCAGUGCAGUGAGGCCAUUAUUACAGUUUUGUGUGGGACAGAAGGGGCCCCAGAUGGGUUGAAUAAGCCCAAGGGCAGUACUGAUGAAGAAGAAAUGACCUUUUCCAGUUUGCACCAAGUGCGAUAUGUGAAGCACAUGAAAAUCCUCCAUCCUCUGGCCCCAGAGAUGAUUGAUGGCAGGAUGCUUGAGGGCCUCAAGCAGCAGCUGCUGGACCAGGGGGAUGAGUUGCCGAAGGAGCAGAAUUUGAACUUGGAACUCUUCAGUGAAAUCCACAACCUGCAGAAUAAGUUCAGAGAGAUCUCACCCUCGAGAUACGAUUCAUUAGUUCAGUCCCAAGCCAGGGAGCUGUCCCUUCAGCGGCAGCAGAUUAAGGACAGCCACGGCAUCUGUGUCAUGUACCAUCAACAUGUGAACACCAUGAUCAAGACGUUCGAGGAGUUGCUGCAGGCCAGCGACGUGGAUCACUGUGUGGCCGAGGGCUUCCAGGAGCAGCUGAAUCAGUGUGCAGAGCUCCUGGACAGACUGGAAACUCUGUUUCUCAAUGGAAAAUCAUCUGGAGUGGAGCUGAGUCCCCAGAAUGAGCCGAUAGAGAGGACUGAGGAAGACAACGUGGACUACCAGCGUCUUCUACCCGAAUCUCCUGGGCCUUUCUCCUCUCAUGUGCUGUCUGAUGAUGAAAUAUCCGAGAAGUCCUUCCUCUCCCGAGAACAGAAGCAAGACAGCGUGUCCGGGCAGACUUCAGUCAUGGCAGACCAUUUUUCUCAAGACUUACUAAUGGAACACAUACAGGAAAUUCGAACUUUGAGAAAACGUUUAGAAGAAUCUAUUAAAACAAAUGAGAAGCUGCGGAAACAGUUGGAACGGCAAGGGACUGAGUUUGAUCAAGGGGCUACAAACAUUUUGGCUUAUGGUUCAGAGCUGCACAAUUCUCUCACCUCAGAGAUUAAUUUCCUGAGGAAGCAGAACCAGACGCUCAAUGCAAUGCUCCUGAAGGGGUCUCAAGAUAAACAGAAAGAGAAUGAAAAAUUACGAGAGUCCCUCUCCGGGAACGUGGCGAGCCUGGAGCGCCUGCAGCAGGAGCAUGCCUCUGUGCGGGGAGAAAACGAGAGGCUGCGGAAGGAAGUCGGCGAGAGGGACAGGCUCAACCAGCAGCUGAGCCAGGAGCUGGACAGGGCACAGAAGGAGGUGAAGUGGAGGCAGCAGCUUCUCUCACAGAACCACAAGUUGCUCCAGUCUCUCCGCGUGGAGCUGAAGGUGUAUGUGAGGCUGGACGAGGAGCACCAGAGGCUACAGCAAGAGACUGGAGCAGAGGCACCAGAAGGCUGGAAGGGGCAGGAGCUUCUCAGUGACCUGCACGACCUCCUGACAGAGAUCCAGGCUCUGCGGGCACAGUUGGAAGGUGGCAUCAAAACCAAUAGCACCUUACAGAGCAAGCUGGAGGAGCAGCUGGCACAGGGGGAGAAGAAGGCCCAGGAAGGAGACCUCAGUCUGGCUGUCCAAGCCCCGGGUGUCCCCGAUUGGACCCUACAGCUAGACAAACACGAUGAUAACAAAUGUCCCCUGGCAAGCAGUAAUUCCUCUGACCUUGAGUCCACUUGGGCUGUGAUGCCAAAGUCAGCUUCAGAGACUCCUCCACUCUCUGGAAAUGACAUAGACUCCUUCUCCUGCAUCAGUGGCAGCUCUGUAACCAGCACCCCUUGCCUGCCCCGCAUGGCUGCUCGCCUGUGGGCCAGCAGGAGUGGCCGCCACAUCCUGGGCCUGAUCGAGGACUAUGAUGCGUUGUGUGAGCAGAUCCACCAAGGACAGAGGCUCCUUGCUGAGAUGGACAUGCAAACCCAAGAGGCUUCCAGCCCCAUGGGUCAAGAGCUGAGGACAAAGGGUCUGCACUUGGUGCCCCUGAGCAAGUUUGUCUCCAGCGUGAGCACGGCCAGGCUGAUCCUAGAAGAGGCCUCGAGGUUGCUGAAGCUCCUUUGGAGAGUCUCACUCCCCACAGAUGGCCAGUGUACCCUUCACUGUGGGCAGAUUGGAGAAAUGAAAGCAGAGAUCACCAAACUACAGAACAAAUUGUUUGAACAAGAAAAGAAGUUGCAGAACAGCAUGAGGCUUUUGCAGCAGAGCAAGCACCAGGAAAAAGUCAUCUUUGACCAGUUGCUUGUAACCCACAAGGUCCUUCGGAAGGCCAGAGGAAACCUAGAGCUGAGGCCCGGGGGUGCCCAUCCAGGAACAGCCAGUCCCAACAGACCUGGCUCCUGAGGACUUGAAGCUAAUAAAGCUUGUGGCCCCGAGAUCACGCGUCUCUGUUCCAGCUGAGGCUUCUGGUGGCUGAGGGAGAAAGGGGAGAACUGGCAGCCUGGCCCAAGGAAGUCUCUUUUCCUCCGUGUUCUCCAUCCACACGUGACUCGUGGUUGUGGCCACAGAGGUUCAGGUGCUCUGCGGUGAGGCGUGGAAAGGCCUUGAGCUCUGGGAGGCUGCGUGGGUCUGGGGCAGAGGGAUGGCGCCGAGGCUGCAUGCGUGGCUGGGCUCCACGUUUGUCCUGGGUGACCUUGGCUCUCCCUGGCUCUGCAGUUUGAAGAAUCUCCUUAAAUGAUUCAUUGCAUUCCAAGGGGAUGAUUCAGUCACUUUGUGUGGAGCCUCAGAGCCUGGGUCCCAAACUCCCCCGUGGGACAGGCCAGGUCUCAGGAGUCACUUGAUCCUCAGAUCUCGCCCUGAGCCUGCUGCUGAGCCCUCGCAGGUUUCCAGAGAGGAGGACUCCAAGCAGCGUGGCCUUGGGCUGUGCCUGCACCCUACAGGUGCUCGGCCUCUCACAGUCACCUGGAGAACAGCCCUCUCAGUGGUGCUGUCUGACUUAGGAAGGAGCAGGGUAAGGCUGGGACUUGGCAUUUGCACUGUCCCGAUGAUGACAGUCCACCCAGUGUCCUCAUUGGUGCCUGGGGUACUUGCUUGCUGCAGCCUUGUUAUUAACCCUGCUUAUCCUUAACCUUUGCCCUGAAUGUCACAGUGUCCCUGAGAAGUAAACAAAGCAGGGCUGAAGCUGGCCCAGGGACCUCCUGGAGACAGGGCAGACUUGGCCCCCAGCUGUGCUUUGACAUGAUUCUCUUGGCUUUGCUCUUCCUGUCUCACAGUCCUGUGCCCAUAGUCAGGUGUCACAAAGUGCCCAGCUGGGCAGAUGGGCUUCUUGUAGGAGGCUAGGCAGGGAGCACUUGGAACCCUGACUCAGUGUCCCUCACUACCUCUGCUUCUGCCAUGUUCUGUGCAUUUGAGUGACCUUUGGGAUGACCCUGCAUUUUGCUUUCCUUCUGAAGUCACUCAUGCAGACCUUCUGCCUCUAGCUGUGCCCUCCCCUGCACCCAGCUCCCGGCUGCGUCAUCCCCCUCUUGUCCUAACCUCUUAGAGUUGUUCCCUAUCUCUGGUCCUCUGCCUCUUCUCCUGUCCCUGGGCUCCUCUCUAGUAUUUAAUUCCUUUUCCAUCCAGUUUGUUGGUCUUGCGCCCCACCCCCAGACUCCUUCUCUGCCCUACAGCAGCUGAGGUGCUGAGAAAACAGGGCAUCUGAUCAUGAUGCUCCCCCACUCGAUAGCCACCGGUGUCUUCCCGCCACCUUUGGUCCAAGCCCAGGUCCCUGACAGGGUUCAUGGGGGCCCGUGUCUGGCCCCUCCUGGUGCCCCUGGCUCCUGUCAUUCCACUUCCUUGCAUUCUGGUCGGGUCCAGGCGAACUGAACCAUCUCCAGCUCACUGGUGGGGCCUUGCUGCCCUGCCCUACCCAGCCCAACCAGGGUGCUGACUCUUUGAAGUGCCCCUCCCACCCUUUCUCUUUCCAGCUAGCUUUGAGUGGUCUUUCAGAAAUCUUUCCCCCAUUGAGCCUCUCCCGAUCCUUGAUGCUCUGUGCUGCAUCCCUCUCUGCUCCUGCUGCCCCCAGAGCCGUCACUCCCUGUUUGGGGACCUCCCUGAGCUCCUGGAGAGCGUCUUGGCAGGCCUGGUACACAGAGCCGAGAGAUGGGACCAGUUCCUGGGAGAGACCUGAUCCGAGGAGCCCGUCUUCAGGUUGCUGGGAGACAGUACUAACUCCUGUGCAGCCAAGGGCAGCUUCAGGCACCCCACAGUUCCUCCCUGGAGCCCCCAGAGCCAUGUGGAGGAAGUGAUGGUGGUCAGGGUCACCCUGUCUUCACAGAUCAGCCAAGAGCCUUAGCUUAUGGUUAAUGGAGCCAGGACUUGAUCCCUCUUGAUCCCUCCUGUCCUUCCAGACCCCAGACUGGCUUCUCUGCCACCCAUACACCUGCCCAGAUGCAGGGAUGCUCAGCUGGAGGCAGAGGGAGCAGAAGCCAGGUGAGCCCAGGAGGGGGCCUUACCCCAGGUACCCUGGACAGGUAGUCGGGAAGGUCCCUUCCCGCAGGGGUUCCUCCUCUGCACAGCCACCCCUCAUUUUCACAUUUGCCUGGGUGUGAAAACUCAGAUUUAGGCAUAAUGUCAAAUGGAGUUCCUUUUCCAAGAAAUCAUACCAUGGUCUUUCCAAACAGAAGCUUGGUCAACAGGAGGCCUGGGUCCAGGCCCCAGCCUCCACACCUGUCAGAUGGGGCUUACCCUUCUGCCCAGUCCUGAUGGCAGAGUUGAUGAGAGCCUCAAAAAUUUAGAAAUAGCUGAAAAAUAACAUUCUUGUCAAAAAUCA